CAUUUUCGAUAUGGAAAUCUACAUUAUUUCUGGCGGCAAAAGACAAUCAGCUACCAAAAUCAGUAGCUCAUGUGCUGUGAAUGCCAUAAACGUGAUCUUCUGCAUCAGUUUAUUUGUUCAAGUACCCCAGACGUCUUAUCGCAUCAUAGCCACACGUUUUGGGAGUGAUCCAGCGACAAAGCUGAUUGGGCAUGUGGAAGCUUCGUUUUGUGUGUGAUAAGAUUUGGUGAACUGUAGGUGCUUAAAUAGCGAUACCUGCCCACAUGAUCAAUCAGUUCGAAAGGCAGAGUAAGACAAGUUGUGAAAAUCUUGUGUGUCGUGCCUCCAAAACCAUGACAAAGUUAACUACCGUGUUAGUUUUAGUCCUUUUCGGCGCACUCUCAGCAGCCAGUCCUUUUGGUCUGCAGAAAGCAAACAUCGGUGAGGAGUAUAGUUUUGAAAUUGUUGCAGACUUCGACAAAAAGGCCGUUUCCGAUGACAAGAAGAACACCUACGUAUCGGAUAUUCGGAUUGGAACAGUUAAAGUUUUGAGCAGCACGCAGCUAGAUAUCACAUUUGAAAAGAAGAACUAUGACGUGGUAACCAGGUAUGCCUACAAAGGACGUGGAGCUGAAUUAUCUGAGCUACUCUCCUUCAAUGGAAAAAUGUACACUUUUGACGACAAAACCGGCAUCAUCUCCGACAUUACGAACCACCAGCUAGUCCCAUGGGUGAUCCUCGGUGACGGAGCUGGAAAUGAGACGAAUGGCUUCAAGUGCGAAUGGGCUACAAUUAAAGAUGAUCACAUUUACGUAGGAUCUGUAGGAGUUGAGAACUACGACGACGAUGACAAACUUGAAAACCGCAACAACUUCUUUGUGAAGAAGGUCUCUAAAACCGGGGAGGUGAUCCAUGAGAAUUGGUACGAUAUCUACGAUAGGAUUCGCAAUACUCUCGGUAUGCCCUUCCCAGGAUUUAUUGUUCAUGAGGCUGUUAUGUGGUCGCCAAUCAACAAAAAAUGGAUCUUCCUUCCACGAAAAUGCUCAGAAAAGUCCUACGUGAAGGCUGAUGUAGAUGCCACAGGAUGCAACAAAAUGAUCAUCACAAGUGAAGACUUCUCUACCAUUGAAUACUUAGACAUUCAAGCUACACCACUGCAAAAGGAAAGAGGAUUUUCAAGCUUUAAGUUUGUUCCUGAUUCCCAAGAGAGUAUGAUUGUUGGUCUAACUACAGUGGAAAAUGGAAAGACUAUCAAUACUGCCAUCAUUGGUUUGGAUCUUCAAGGAAAGAUUCUCUAUCCCGAAACGAAGAUCUUCAAUGAUAAAUACGAAGGAGUUGCUUUCCUCAAGCAUUUUGAUCCCAAAAAUAUUCAAAUGCCAAAUCUGAAUUAAUAUUUAAGAAAUAAAAAUAAUUUUUUAAAAUGAUUUUAUGACGAAAUGCGGGAGUUUUCUUUGCAAU